AUGUCCGGACUCAUCGACAAGGCCAAGGAGAAGAUGGGCAAGAGCAGCGGUGACGGCCAGCCCUCUUCCGUUGAGAAGACCGGCGACAACCAGCUCAACAAGCGUAAGACAUGAAUCACUUCAUUCUCGAGAUCACCACAUUCUAAUUGCUGUGGUAGAAAUCGACAACGCCACCGACAGAGCCGGUCUGGGCGACAAGUACGACGCCAAGAUCGACAAAGUCGCCGAUGAGCAGCUCAACAACCAGAUUCCUGGUGGCGCUGGAAAGAAGUGA